AUGCGGCACCAGCACCAGCGCGGAGGGCUGCGCCAGCUCAUUGCGGCCAAGUACGUCUACCUGCUCCUCGUUGCCUGCGCGAUCUGCGUCUUUGGCCUCCUCUUUGAGAUCUCGCAGCUCUCGUCCGCCUUCCAGGGUGAACCCAGCAAGCUCCACGCCGCUGACCACGCGCUCCCGGCCGCGUCGCGCUCGUCGCUCAAGAAAGUCGCACCGCAAAUCGACCACGCGAUUGCUGUGAUCAUGACCAAUUACCGCGAUUCUGAGCAGUGCGUGGCCACGCUCACGUCGCUCUACGAGAUGGCGGAUGCACCGCACGGUCUGCACCUCGUGCUCUUUGAAGAGAUUGACGCGACGAGCGGCGACCCGAACGACGCAAGCUGCUUCGAGACGUUCUGUGCUGCGUCGCGUGAUAUCUGCGCCGAGCACCGCGGCCGUAUCGACCACAAGUUCCGGCACGCAAACGACCACGUGGGCCCGAGCCCGGCGCGGGCCCUCGCCGAGGCCAUGGUUCCGUCGAAUUGGUUGACAGCGCCAAAGAACAAGUACUAUCUCUCGAUCGACUCGCGCCUCGAGUUUGUCGACAAGUGGGACACGCUGUUGCUCACCGAGUGGCGCCGGGCGCAGAACCCCCAUGGCAUCCUCAGCAUCGCGCCGCCCGCGCUCGUAUCCAAAGCGUGGCCCAUCGAUCGCACGCAGCGCGCACUCAUGUGCACUGCGCGUGUGUGGACCAAAGACGCGGCGCUGGCGGCUGUAGAUUUCAACCCGCCCGUGCUCGUCAAGCCGCCGUUCACCGAGCCACGCCUCAGCGCCCAGUACGCCGAAAGCUUCCAUUUCGGGCCGAUCCACGCGCUGUCGGCGGCGCCCGCCGACGCCAAAGCCCUCUACGUAUGGCACGGCGACGCGUACCAUCGAGCGACGCGGUGGUGGACGUCGGGCUAUGAUUUCUACGCCCCGUCCAUCGAGAUCGCAUAUGCCAAGUACAUGCCUCGGGUGCUGCACCCGCUGCAGCUGGUGCAAUGGGACGUCAAGUCGCCGGAUCCGCUCGCCGCCAUGAAAACCACGCAGCGCCAAAGCUACGCGCACCUGCAAGCGCUGUACACGGGCGCCAACGUCGGGACCAAGCGCUCGUUCAAGCAGUGGGUCGCGUUCAGCCACGUAUACCCGACAGCCGCGUACGACAUGUCGACAGACAAGCAGUUUAUGGCGUGCAAUCCGCUCUCGUAUGUCCCGCCUCGCAGCUGA